UGUGCCGCGGACGGCGUAACUGAAUCCACGUGUGAGGGCAGGGCGUGCGCCGACCGAAGGGAAAGUCGAGGUUGCGGGCGGACAGUGCAAUGCGCAUCUUGUUAAUGAAACUUCCGAGACCGUGGAUAGUGGAUGAAAAGAAAGAUGAUGGAUACACAGCACUACAUCUCGCAGCUCUCAACAACCAUGUGGAAGUUGCCGAACUGUUGGUCCACCAAGGACGUGCUAAUAUGGACUUACAAAACGUAAAUCUCCAGACAGCACUGCAUCUUGCUGUCGAACGUCAACAUACCCAAAUAGUCCGGCUGUUGGUGCGUGAAGGUUCAAACCUAAAUAUACCAGAUAAAGAUGGGGACACACCUUUACAUGAAGCUCUGCGACACCACACGCUGUCACAACUGCGACAGUUGCAGGAUGUUCAAGAUGUUGGAAAAUUGUUGAUGGGGCUUGGCAGUCAAGGAGCUGACAAAAAAUCAUCUGCGUCAAUAGCAUGCUUCCUUGCUGGCAAUGGAGCUGAUUUGACAAUCAAGAAUAAGAAAGGACAGACCCCACUGGAUCUCUGUCCAGACCCAAAUCUUUGUAAAGCUCUUGCCAAGUGUCAUAAGGAUAAGGAUACGGACCAGAUUGAACCACGCCCUUCUGAUGGAAGCAACGGUGAUGACUGCGUAACACUGGAUGAAUGCUUGGUCUGUUCUGAUCUGAAGAGAGAUACACUCUUUAAGCCAUGUGGUCAUGUUGCAUGUUGCUCAGUUUGCUCCCCAAGAGUCAAAAAAUGCCUCGUGUGUCGGGAACCUGUCAUUGCCCGUAUUAAGAUUGAAGAGUGUGUAGUUUGUUCAGACAAGAAGGCAUCCGUGCUCUUCAAACCUUGUUGCCACAUGUGUGCUUGUGAAGGCUGUGCAGCACUUAUGAAGAAAUGUGUUCAAUGUCGAGCACAGAUAGAUCAUAUUGUGCCUUUUGUCAUAUGCUGUGGAGGUAUUGGAACCAUAUCUGAUGUGCAACCUGAAUGUGAGGAGACUCAAAAUGCCACUUUAGCUACAGUUAUAGAGCCAGUUUCGCUGACAGGAGCACUCAUGAACAAUGGUAUCCGUGAUACAUCCAACUCAGACAUACAGAAACUUCAACAGCAGCUUCAGGAUAUCAAGGAACAGACCAUGUGCCCAGUAUGCUUAGAUCGUUUAAAAAACAUGAUAUUCCUCUGUGGUCAUGGUACAUGUCAAAUGUGUGGUGACCGCAUGUCAGAAUGUCCAAUUUGCCGUAAACAGGUUGAGAAACGGAUUCUGCUGUAUUGAAAAUCACAUCACAAUUCAAGCCAGUAACUGCAGUAUAUGGUAAUUUAGUAAUUAAACUACAUCUAACAGGAAAGAGAAGACCAUCACUUGCAUAGUAUGUAGAUCCUUGCAUUUAUUUACUUCUCGGCAUGCAGCAAGAUAUGUUUGUGGUGUAUGUUCCAACCAACAUAUGAGUCUCAACUUAGGAAAAAAAAAAGAUAAAAAAAGUGAAUCUCUUGAAGGGUCCCCAGACAAUAACAGCUAAAUGCUUAAUGUAGGUUGAUUCUUAAAAAGAAUCAACCUACAUUAAUUGUACACAGCCACAGCCUCACCAUGUUAGUUUUAGACAAAAUAGCAUAGAACUAAAUGCUUGCUCACAUACAUACAGGUAAUUAGUGUGUCUUGUCUCUCCUGUUACGUAAUAUUUAAAAAGUGUGAUGUGAUAAUUGAUUUCAAUUUGAGUAUGCAAAAUGAUAAUUAUAAAGCAUGUAAUUUGUCCCAACACUUGGACUUUUAGUAAAAUGAUGCCAUUAAUAUGAAGGAUUUUCUGGCCUUCAGGCAGUAUUCUUCUUCAACAGUAACAUUUGUUAUGUGUCCAGUUAAAUUAAGGUCUUUCAAAAGAUGUUUGUUGUUACAAGAAACCCAGCUUAAUUACUCACUUUUCACUUAAAGGUCGAAAAGGUUUCCAGUAAGUAGAGAGAAAUAACUGUUCACAUUUGUUUCCAGUUAUGGGUCCUGUCUAUUCAGGAUAAACUAAAAUGAUUAUUCUUGCAGCUAAGUGAUAUUUAUGGUUUACCAUGGGCAUAAAUAUAGCAAUAACAACAAUAGGAUGUGUAAUUCAAUCAAACAAAAUGUGAUUAUCUACAAAAUUUUGCAAUAAUGUGGCUUAAGUGAAAGAAUAAUAUCACAACCACAACCAAAAUAGCUACAGUCUAGAAGCAGAAUCAAAAGCUACUCAUCCUUAGUUCCUCAUGAGAACUGUUAAAUUAUAUAUAUAUAUAUUCUUCAUGGUGGUAACUUGUACCUCAUUGUUGUACUGAAGUGAUUUUUCCAUUACUUUGUUCUAAAAAAUAUCCAGUUUUUCUGUGGAAUGUAUUAUUCCAGUUAGAAAGAGAUGUUUCUGCAUUUCAGGCAAUGCAAAAAAAUUUGCUACCUCCAACAGGCACUUUAAAAGUUUAUGGCCGUAAAAUUACUUAUUUUAAUUCUGUGACAGCUGAAUCUUGUUUCACUUAAGUUAGCAGUGAUAUGUCACAAGCUUUGAAAUGAUCUUUUCCAUAGUCAAGAAACUAAGAAUUACAGAAUGAUUGAUAAAAUAAUCAUUAGAGUUGAUUAUUAUUGCAAUGUCUAAAGUUGUGUGAAUGAAUUCUGUAAUUUAUAUUGUUCAUUUGCUGCAAACAGUUCAGACAGAAGUUCUUCUGUCACUUAAUAGUGUCUUAAUAAUAAAAUUUUUCUUUAUAAGAGUAAGUAGCAAAAUUAAAACAAAACAAAAAAAAAUCAUCACUCUAAUUUGUCAUGUAUGACUAUCAGAUCUGAAGACUAACUUUUUUUAACUCACUGUAAGCAUUUUGUGUUAAUUUAACAAAUAU